UGGGAGCUGCAGCCCGCACUGUUGCGGUCCUCGCCCUUCUGUGGGUGGCUUGUCUUGUGGGGGUUGCCCAAGCCGCUCUUCGUUCCUUCGCGAACCGAUGAAGCGUCGCCGUUGUUCGUCAUGCUCCAUGGCUGCACCCAAAACCCAACCGACUUCGCGGCCGGCACCCAGAUGAACGUCUUCGCGGAGAAGUACAACUUUUAUGUGCUCUACCCCGAGCAGACCUCCUCCGCCAACGCCAACAAGUGUUGGCUCUGGUGGGAGCCCACCAGCCAGGCCCGGAAUGGCGACAACAAGUUGAUCGCCGACAUGACGGCCAAGGUCAUCUCCUCCUACAACGUCUCCUCGUCCCGCGUGUUCGUCGGCGGCCUCUCUGCCGGCGCUGCCCAGUCCGUCCUGGUCGCCGUUGCGUAUCCGGAGGUGUUUGCGGGCCUGGCGGUGGGCGCAGGCUUGGAGUGGAAGGCGGCUGAGUCGGUGAUCGGGGCCUACACGGCAAUGUCUAGCGGCGGCCCCUCCCCCGCCAAGCAGGGCGCCGGCGCCUACGCGCAGGAGGGCGCCCAGGCGCGCGUGCAGAAGGUGCUGGUCAUCCACGGCACCUCCGACUCGACCGUCCAGUCGGUCAACGGCAAGCAGGUGGUCUCCCAGUACGCCACCACCCUCGACUACGUUCUCGGCAAGGGCAAGUCCCUCGGCUACCUCACCGACGUGCCCACCGCGACCACCAAGGGCCAGGUCACCGGCGGAAGGGCGUAUACGCUGUUUGAGUAUGCGGACACGGCACCGGAGAGCGGGCAGGUGUUGAUCAAGUUCCUGGAGGUGACGGGCAUGGGCCACGCGUGGAGUGGCGGUUCGUCCUCGGGCACCUACGCAGACCCCAAGGGUCCCGAUGCCAGGCACCACCUCCCGCUGGUUCUUGCUCUCCAGCGACAACACGACGACCACCACCGGCACUACUUCCACCACCAGCGGUACCACGACGACCUCUACCACCUCGACGACCUCGACCACUGGCGACUCGACCACUGGCGGAUCGACCACCUCGACCACCACCAGCACGACCGGUGGCGGCGACGACGUGAGUCGGGCUUCGUCGGCCAGCUGGUCGCCGACGGGUACGGCUCCAGCGUUGCCAAAGUGGGCGACAAGGGAUUUUACAACACGGACACCUAUCGCACGAUCCUGUCGUCCCUCACCGGCGCCGUGGGCCAGAUCAGCAUCGACGUCAAGCAGGGCUACUUCGGCAACAGCGACUCCCUCGAACAGGGCGAUUACUCGGCGUCAGCGAGCGCGACUGGUGUGGCGACGCUCUCGGUGCCGAACAGCGACGGAGAGUACAGCGAGGUGGUGCUCCCGCCCAGCGCGCUGUCUCUCAUCAACUCCCAGGGCGGCCAGCCCGGCGCGCGCACCCAGUUCCGCCUGCGCGCGGCCACCACGGCUUCGUUCUACGCCAAUCUCCUCGAGAUCGAUGCCGGCGACGCCGCCUCUCCUUCCAACGACGCCGCCCUCAUCGUCAAGUACCAUCGCACCUCCACCAGCGAGGAGGGCUUCGGGUCCUACCUCUAA